AUGUCGCAAGAAGCGAAGGCUGAUAAGUCGUCGUUCGAAGUCGACGAUGAGAAGAACAUUGCCGCUCUCCCCAACCAAGGGUUUGAGGGCAUCGACGACAAAACCCUCCAGUACCUUCCGAAGGACAUCACUCCGUCGGAGCUCGAGCGCGAGCGAGCUCUCGAGGAGGGCGAGACGCCUUCUGGUACCAAGAAGGCGACAGUCUCCGACUACUUCACUCUCCUGGCUUCCGGAUUCGCGCUCGUCUCCGAUGGUUACCAGAACAACCUCUCGACAGUGUUCAACCCCAUUUUCGCUCUUCUCUACCCUCAUGACUACACCUCUUCUGUGUCGACCCGUGUUUCGAACGCGCUGCUCGUUGGCGAAGUCAUUGGUCAGGUCGUUGUGGGUUUGAUCUGUGACCGUGUCGGACGUAAGACGGCCAUGGUCGGAACAACGCUCCUUAUUGUUAUCGGUGGCAUCCUGUGCACGGCUUCGACGGCCCCGACGCCCGCCGGCAUGUUCUGGAUGCUGACUGUGGCGCGUGGCACUAUCGGUGUCGGAGUUGGUGGCGAGUACCCCGCGUGCAGCACCAGCGCCUCCGAUUCUGCCAACGAAAAGUUCGGCCGCGACCGUGGCAAGAUCUUCAUUCUCGUCACGAACCUGAUGCUCAGUAUUGGUGGUCCUAUCGUCAUUUCGCUCUUCCUGCUCAUCAUCAACGGCUCGCACUACCACGGUGGUACAACCGGCAGCGACCGCUACAAGCUGCAGUACACUUGGCGCGUUCUCUUCGGCAUUGGUAUCAUCAUUCCUCUCUCGGUCUUCUACUUCCGUCUCAAGAUGAUGAACCCGAAGCUGUACCGCCGCAACGCGAUCCGCCACAACCCCCCCUACCUCCUGAUCCUGAAGAAGUAUUGGAAGACGCUCAUCGGCACGGCGGGAACCUGGUUCCUGUACGACUUUGUGACGUUCCCGAACGGUGUGUUCUCGAGCACGAUCAUUGCCAGCGUCACCCCGGACAAGGGCAUCGUGCGCACGCUCGAGUGGAACCUGCUACUCUCCGUUCUGUCGCUGCCGGGAGUGUUCCUGGGCGCUUGGGUUGUCAAGUACACCGGCCGCCGCAAUCUCCUCAUCAUGGGCUUCAUGGGCUACAUUGUGUUCGGCCUGAUCGUCGGCAUCUCGUACCCGAAGCUGACCAAGGUCGUGCCCGCCUUCAUCGUCAUGUACGCGAUGAUGCAGAGCAGCGGCAACUUUGGUCCCGGCAACAUGGAGGGCACGAUCAGUGCCGAGUCCUACCCGACCUCUAUUCGUGGUACUUGCUACGGCUUCAGCGCUGCCGUCGGUAAGGCGGGCGCGGCCAUCGGUACGCAGGCAUUCACGCCCAUUCGCCAGCACCUUGGCAGUCGGUGGACAUUCAUCAUCGCCGCUUGCUGUGGUCUCGCUGGUGUACUUCUCGCCUUCUUCUUCGUCGAGGACAAGGGCAAAGACCGCCUUGAGAAGGAGGACGAAGUGUGGCGUCAGUACCUUGUCGACCACGGGUACGGGGACAUCCAGAUGGGUGACGGCAGUGCUGGAGCCAUGAGCGCUUCGGGCAACCGUGAGAUUGAGGCGCUCGAGUUUGAAAAGUAG